AUGGAAUGGGAAAUGGAGAUGUUGAAGAGGCGGAUAAGAGACUUUGCUGCUCUCCUCCCACCUUCAACUAAGAUACCCUCAAAGCAAAGGUGA